GUAGUUUACCAAGCAGAGAGAUAUGAUUCACAAUAGAGUUCUCUUCGUUUAAACGGACUAUAAUGGAGAGAAUAAACAUAUCAGAUCAAGAAUCAAUUGCCACAAGAGAACUAAAGAGGGCGCUCUUCCAAAAGUGCCAUGGUCUAUCACUUCUAACUGGAUGCCAAAUCUUCCUUCACAUUGAAGACAAAAAUGAUGGAGUACAGUUCUAUGGCAACCAAGAACAGGUCAAACGAUUCCUGAAUGGACAGUUCCUGCCAAAUGGGCAGGAGAAAGAAGUAUCGGGUGAGACAGGGUUACUAAAGACUCCAGUAGUUAAUUCCAAUUCAAAUGACAAAUCUGUGUAUACAUCCACGAAUGAGAUAUCUUCUGAUGAAAUCCCAAACAGCACAACGAAUCCUGAAGUUACACCUGAAAUGGUUGACAAGUAUAAUGAAAAUGAAAUGAAUAACAAUAAACAUACAAAUCAUCUCAAUACUGAUGAGAAAAAUACCAGUAUGGACAAAACAGGCACAUUUGUGCCAAAGAUUAGUGUUGCUUCAUUGGGGAAGAAAUUUUCGCAGGUGAUGAUAAAAAGAGUACUCCUUGAGCAAGAGGAAGAGGAACGUCAAAAAGAGAUGAGGAAAAAAGAAACAGCACUGAAAAUGGAAAAUAAAGAAACGUCUGAUAAUACUGAUAUUGUACAAUCGCAUGAAAGUAUAAUGAUAAAUGAAGUUUACAGCUUGGAUAGAAACUCGGAACAAACAAACAAUGCUGAAAUUAGUGAGCAAAACAAAUUUGACAAUCAAAGAAGCCAAGCAUUUACCCCAAACGAACAACAAGAAGGAUACAGAGAGUAUGUUUAUAAUCAUGCAACAAACCAAAGGAGAGAAAGCAACACAGAACAAAGAGAACCGAUAAAUUUUUCAGCAAGAGAUCAAACAGAUGAAAUAGGAUUCAUCAAUAUUCAGCAAGAUGCUGCAUCUAGUUCUGAUAGUGGCAUCUCCACAGAGGCUUUAGAAACCAGUUCUCCCAAUGAAAGCUUACCUGCCGAGAUUCCGUAUUAUAAAAUUGCUUCAAAAUCAAAGAGACGUUAUCAGUGUGGCAUUUGUGGGAAAGCAUUUACUCAGCUGUCCGUGUUGAAGGAACACAUGAAGACACAUACAGGUGAAAAACCAUACAUAUGUAAACAAUGUGGAAAAGAGUUCAGUCAUCCAAGUAAUUUCAAACGUCAUGAACGCCUUGUACAUAGUGGUUCUGGUGAAAGAAGGCACCAGUGUCCAGUUUGCCUGAAAGCAUUUCCACUAUCACACCAUUUGAAAGAACAUUUCCGUAUUCAUAGUGGGGAGCGCCCAUACCAGUGCAAAGUAUGUGGACAGAAGUUUAAGCAGUCAUCAACAUUAAAAACUCACCAAAAGAGGCAUUUCACAAAAGAUGCUUUAAAUGUUGAUACUAAUGAUUUAUACCAAAAUGCAACGGAUAUGAGCCAACAGAACAUUUCACAGAGGCACUUUUCAUCUUCUUCCUCUCCAAGAUCUAUUGAUGGCUUAGAUAUUGAAGGGAUUCACCCAAACCAUUCAAACUCCUCCUUAGCUAAGAACCCAUCGCCCGGAGUUGUAAAGGCAAUGGAGGGGUACAAUGGAGUGCCACAUGCGGAUGAUGUUGUUAGAAACCAGCCUUUUCAUCCAAGAAUGCUCCCUGUUCAUCAUUUGAAUAUGCCGACAACAGAAUUACCAAAAGCUUCCAAACCAUUUGUUAACGUCCAAAGUACACAAUUUUCAAUGGAUGCAGUCAUGUUGCAACACACUAGUAAAUUUGGACCAGAUGGCAACACUGACUCAUUUGAAAAUAACAGUCCAACAAGAGUGAGCAGGUAUCCACCACCUCUCAUCCACUGCAGGUCUAAAGACUGGUUUGACGAAGACAGAGAACUUGGGAAUAAAUAUAAAAAAACAAGGGUCGAAAGCAAUGACGGAAACACCAUGCUACAGCAGGGAAAUGAACAGCAGAGUGCCUCAGAUGACGCUGAUUCGACACGUUUAUCGCCCAUAGGUAGCGAGGCAGACGAUCUCCUUUCUGCUACGAAAGGUCAUGAUAGUAAUCAGCCAUUUGAACAUAUCAAGGUGAAAUUGGAGGUGCCAGAUGAACAAGUUAACAAAGCAUCAUCUUGUAUAGCUGACGAGAAUACUGAUGACAAUCGUUCUAGUGGGACAGGGUAUGCAGGCAGUAGUGAGAUGUCUGGUGGAAGUGGAACAGAUAGUGACUCACCAAAUCACGUUCAGCAAUACUCGCAGCCUGGCCUAUACCCACUCCAUAUAGCAGCAAGAGAAGGAACAAUGGUGAUGAGCCAGACAAGAAAUGAUUAUCUAAAUUGUUUCCACUGUAAAGUAUGCGAUACAUUCUUGUCAUCUGCAGCCACAUUCCAUGAACAUCAAAAGGUAUGUCAUGGAUUAGGAACUUCUGACCAACAUAUGUGUCACUUAUGCAGGCGUAGUUUCAGCAACCAGAGUAACUUCAAACGGCAUUUACGCCUCAUGCAUAGCGGUACCAAGGUAAGACGCCAUCAAUGUCUAGUCUGUUUUAAAGCAUUCCCACUCGGCCAUCACUUAAAAGAACAUUUUCGCAUUCACAGUGGUGAGCGGCCUUACAAGUGUGAGGUCUGUGGAAAAGGCUUCACCCAGUCUUCAACGCUCAAGAAUCAUCGCAAAACACACGCCCAGGAAAAGGCAAGUUACCACUGCACCAAUUGCAACCGGAGGUUCCCCGACGCACAGAUGUUGAUGGAUCACCGUAUGCAGCACAUUAUUGAGUCGUGUAAGUGCCCUACAUGUGGCAAGCAAUGCCGUAGUCCUUAUGAACUCGGUGUUCAUAGAAUGAAAGAAUACUGUUCCAGUAACAAUAUGCAAAGCAGGCAAAAUCUUUCAGAACAGCAGGCUAUGCCAAACUAA